AUGCGCUUCGGUGCCCUGCUCUCGCUGGUGGGCGCGGCGGCGGCGGCGGUAUAUCCCACGGCGUCGCCGCGCGAAAUCGCCAACGCGCCCAUGCCGGACGACAGCCCUCGAGGGUUCCUCUGGCGCGGCGACUCGCGAGCCCCCGAGGUCGUGUUCGCCGAGGGCUUCAGGCCCUACCGCGUGCACUACCUCCUCGACACUUCCGAGGUCAAGUGGGUGUCGCUCACACGGCGCGCCACGACGGCCAUCUCCUACGCCAACGGUCACCACGGGGCCGUCGGCGCGUCCGGGGACGAGGGAUACGUGUACGUCGUCUCGCCCGAGGGCAUCAGCGGCCGCACCGCGCACUAUCUCCCCCGGAUAGACAAGAGCAACGCGUGGAAGUACGAGCUGGCGGUCGAGGGGGAGGUCCCCAGCGAAACGAUUGUCGGCGCCUACUUUUUCCAGAACCUCAAGGGCGCGCGGCCGAAGCUGCAGAGGUGGAUCGCGAACCCGGGAUACAAGUACGCGGCGCAGAGCCCGUUCACGCCAAGGGGCACCUCGUGCUGGGCCAGGUCCUGCUCGGCCGUGUCGCACUUCGUGUCCACCGUGUGCAGUAGCAUCAACUGCUUCAAGAGGAGGGACUGCUAG